GGUAUUAGUGUUUUAGCUAACACGUGAUGUCUCAAUUGAAGCUUUGGGCUUGUGCUCUUCGUUUUCACGAUCUGAUUCUUUACUACAACACUUUAGGUAAUAAUAUUGAAUACUGUGGUGAAAGUAAUUCAAGUCUAAUCAUUUCUGACUUUGUCAAUUAAGCAUUUUUGUGAACAGCAAACAAAAUGGUAGUCUCGGCAGAGGAUGCUCGCCAGCUUAAAAUCAAGCUGGGAACAGUGAAGAGGAGUAAGAAGGAGUAUGACUUUUACGUCAAGGAGGAAAUAAAACAGCGUGAUACGGUGAAGCAGAUGACCGAAGCGGGACGUGAUAAUUAUGGAAAAACAGAAGAGAACGUUUUUUUUACAGGGUAGCUUCUUUUUUUUUGUGUUAUGUUGUCUGGGUUUGUAGAUGAGGUUUGAUUUAUACAUUGUAGUCCUUCUACGGCUGCGUUAAUCCGCUCGAUUAUGCAGGUAAAACUGUGGACGGCGGACCGAGUCCUAAUCCUAAUCCCUCUCUUUUUUUUAUCCAAGGUGUCACGCAGGUUGAUGCGAGAUGUAAUCUGCCCUUUCCCUCCCCGUUCAUCUCCCAUACGACAUCAAGCAGCAGCAGGAGUGCCUCAACGAGACUCUCACCGUUUUACCCGAAGCUAAGAAACGGCUAGAGAAAUACGCAGUGGAAUUGAAUUCUUUUCUCAAGGAAGCCUUCCCGGACGAGCUGGAGGCGAUCAGCACAGCGUCUUCUGGCGCGGAAGACGGUGUGACCAGCGAAGAUCAACCAAAAGAACUGGUAGAGGCAAAAACAACUUUGGACGAAUUGGCUGAGCGCGAUGCGGAUUUCAAAGCGGUGCUGGAGCAAGGGGAGUGAAGGGAGUUCUUCUACUUGUUCCUGUGAGAGUAGUACUAGAAGAUGGAAUGCUGGGUUGCGGGCGGGAGCUAGCUACUUGAGUGUGAAUAGGGGAUUACUGGUAAUUGGCGGUGAGCAGCUCCUUGACUCAAUGUGGUGGACGAUGAGGACCGAGCAGUACCAGUGAAUUCUGGCGAACACUAUUGACAGGGUGGCAACAGCCAGUAGAAAAGAUGAGUGGUCUUCUCGUUACACUGCUAGGAUGAACUAAACUUGCAAUCGAACAACUUUCAUCACAAUUAGCUGUUUUUUUGAGAAGGAACAGAAAUGCGAGUCAUGCUACAUGGCAUAAGAGGCCUUCCAGGUAAUGCACACAGGAUGGAUC